AUGGGGAACGGGGCUUCGAAGCCGGAGCAACACAUCUUUACCGCCGAUGUGCCCGUGAGGUUCUCCCAAUCCGUCCUCGACUCGUUACAAAAUAACCCUGAGACCGACUCGACCCGCGCCCACACCGAAGACCUCAAGGUCCAACAACGCGUCCGCGAAGAAUUGACUCGGCUCCGGGACCAGCAAUCCCAGCAGCUCUCCCACCUCACCGACUCCCUCACCGUCUCUCCACCCAAAGAGACCUCCUCCCCCACAAACGCACCAACCACCGCACCAACCACCGCACCAACACAAGACAAAACCGGCCUAGCCUACCACCUCUCCUCCCCCUUCUACCAAAACCACCAACCCCAAUCCGCCAGCAACCCCAACUCCGCCAUCCCAACCCCGGAAUCCUCGAACCGGACAUCCGACAGCGUAAGAAUGGAAAUCGCACAGCUAAAGCAGAAACUCGAGUCGAGGAAGAAAGUGGAAUCCGUGCCGAAAGAAGUGGAGCAGGCGAAGGAGAAGGUGGUGCAGUGUUUACGGAAGAACGACCGGAGACCGCUGGAUUGUUGGCAGGAGGUGGAGGAGUUUAAGAGGAGUGUGGGGGUUAUGGAGGGGGAGUUUGUUAGGCGGGUUGGGCGGUGA